CUUUGAGGCCAAUAAUAAUAUUAUAUAUAAUGCGGUGAGACGGCCAUGGGUUACAUCACACAUGAUACAACAAAGGCCACCACCACCAUCAUAGUUUCCCUUCUUCUUCUUCUUCCUCCUCGGGUUGGUCGGUCUUCGAUUUAUUCCUUUCUAUCUUUGCUUUGCUUUGCUUUGCUUUUGUUGUGUGUUCUUUUCUCACAAGCUAAAGAUAAAGAUAAAAAGAAAAAAGUCAGAACUGGUUUUCGUGUCAACAACCUCAGCCGCCUCUACUCAGUGAAAUUUUUGAAGGAAAAUUUUGACACUUGAAUCACUGAGCAACUAUUCCAUCUGGGUUAUUAUUAUUUUGCUAGUUUUCUAAAUUGGGUUUGGAAGAUUGUGCUUGGAUUUUCUACACACGGCUUGAAAUUGUAGUUGCAUAUGUAAGAGGAUUUUGGAGACAAUUGAAAUUUUCUACAGAAAUCCGCCUGGGUACUGUUCAAUUUUUAUACAGUUGAUCUUGAAAACUUUAUUGGAGCUUUGAAGUGAGUAGGAGACAUUGGACUCGAUUCAAUUUUGAGACAGGUGAAGUUUGAUGUCCUGAACUACUAGCAGUAAAAAUCAGCUUAUUUAUCUGAGAAAAGGGUUAUUUCGUUGUUAAAUUUGUGAAGGAAACAUAGUAAAGGUCUCAUUAUCUGUCGAAGUUUUCGUUUUUCGUAAGUGGGGUAUGUAGAUUUUGAUCAAAACUUCAAGGUGAUUAUACAAAAUUGGUAUUUAGAGUCCUAAACACGAAGAUUAAUGGGCUUCAAAAUCUUUAUCCUACUUGGCUGACUGGGUUGUACUUGGCGUUGACUGGGAGAGUUCUGAGCUGAUGCUGUAGUUAUUAUCAUUUGGUUUAUCAAUCUGCAGAGUGAGCGAAUGUGGAGAUUAAGAAUGGAUUUUGCUAUUUUAAGCCUCUUGUUGCUAGUUCAGUCAUCAGCUAUCUUUACCUCUGGUUUCGUAGUAGAGUCUAAAGUUUGUAAUGAUCUUGUUGCCUACUCAAAUUCUUAUGGGGAUGAAUUAUUUUAUAUAAAUGGGAAUUUAGUGGAAAAAGAUUUAUUCUGUGAGGCUCUCUUAUCCUACAAUGGAAAUGGCUGCAACUUAGAGCGAUACCUUAGAAAUGAUCACUGUCAGUUGGAUGUUUCAACAGAUGAUUUUAUUUCUAAGAAAGCUAGGAAACUCUUGCAAAAGGAUUCAAAACACGAAUCCACUAUCCAUGAACAGAAAAACUUAGAUGGAGAACAAAAAAAUGAUUCCAAGCAUGGGUCAACUAAAAGCAAAAUUGGGUUAGUAGCAGCAGGAUCUGUUUUAGCCUGUUGUGUUCUUCUAUGUCCUUGCUUUUACAAGAAAAGAAAAGAAAAUUCCUCGAAUGCACUUACCAACGAUCAUCAUUAUACAAUGGAUUCCGUUUCCUCUUUUGAAGUAAGUUCUUCUGGUGAAAAAAUCCCGGCCAGUCCAUAUCGUGUUCCUCCUAGUCCUAGAUUUUCUCCACAAGUCAGUAGGCUUGGAUCAUUACAUCUCAACAUGAGUCAGGUGGCCAGAGCAACCCGUAAUUUCUCACCAUCUCUUCAAAUAGGCGAAGGAGGGUUUGGAACGGUCUACAAAGCCCACCUAGAUAAUGGUCAUAUAGUUGCUAUUAAGCGAGGAAAGAAGGAACAAUAUGAAAAUCUCAGCACUGAGUUCAGCAGUGAAGUUCAGCUUCUGGCAAAAAUUGAUCACCGAAAUUUAGUAAAGUUACUUGGUUAUGUUGACCAAGGAAAUGAGCGCCUUAUUAUAACAGAGUAUGUGCCAAAUGGUACUCUCAGAGAACAUUUGGAUGGUCAACGAGGGAGAAUACUUGAUUUCAAUCAACGACUUGAAAUUGCCAUUGAUGUUGCUCAUGGCUUAACUUAUCUUCAUCUAUAUGCAGAGAAGCAAAUCAUCCACCGAGAUGUGAAAUCAUCCAACAUUCUUUUGACAGAAAGUAUGAGAGCCAAGGUUGCUGAUUUUGGAUUUGCAAAGCUUGGUCCAAUGGAGUCAGACGAAACACACAUUUCAACCAAAGUGAAAGGAACAGUUGGUUACCUAGACCCCGAGUACAUGAAGACCUAUCAACUCACUGCCAAGAGUGAUGUAUACUCAUUUGGAAUUUUACUUAUAGAGAUUAUGACAGGUCGUCGACCAGUGGAAUUGAAGAAACCUGUAGAAGAGCGAAUAACACUCAGAUGGGCCUUCCAUAGAUACAACGAAAGGCGUGAAGCGGAAUUGGUUGAUCCUUUAAUGGAGGAGCUUGUACAUGUAGAUAUCCUCAAUAAAAUUUUUGGUUUGGCCAUUCAGUGUGCGGCGCCUAUUCGAACUGAUCGGCCUGACAUGAAAUUAGUUGGGGAGCAAUUAUGGGCAAUAAGAGCUGACUAUGUAAGAUCUGUAAGAAGAGUUUAGUUAAUAUUUAUGGAUUGAUUCCACUUUUAUCACCUUACCCCUUUCUCCUCUCCCCUGAAAUUAAAAUGUUUCGUAAACCUUUACCAUGUAAAGAAAGAGUUUGGCUUUGAACAAAGUUUUACAUUUUGGUUUUGAUC